UUAACCAUUGUAGACAAUAUGGAGGUUGAUGUGUUAUAAAUAAUACGGAAACAUGAUAAAUAGUCGUUUUCAAGCGUUAAAAAUGAUUUAGUUUUUAAUUGUAACAUACUACGUUUUUAAUAUUCAUCUGCUUAAUAAAAUGACGGAUAAAAUGGCAACGGAAACCGUGUAUGGUACGAAUGAGGAGAGUCAUGUUAUGUCUGAAAAAGUUCAGUCUCUUGCUGCCACGGUUUAUAAAGAAUUUGAGAAAGUAAUCAAACGAUACGAUGAAGAUGUUGUUAAGGACCUAAUGCCGUUGGUUGUAGGUAUUCUUGAAUCUCUGGAUGCAGCAUUCACUGAAAAACAAGAAUUAGAUGUGGAAAUCGAAUUGCUAAGAGAAGAUAACGAACAGCUUUUGACACAGUAUGAACGAGAAAAACAGCUAAGAAAAGGGGCAGAGCAGAAAUUUCUUGAGAUGGAAGACAACAUAGAGGGAGUAAAGAAAGAGCUAGUAGACAAAGUAGAAACUCUUGAAUCCAUCAUUCGAAUGUCAGAAAUAAAAUCAAAGAAUACUGCUGAUCAUGUCACCCGUUUGGAAGAAAAAGAACAGGAACAAAAGAAUGAAUACAACAAGCUACAUGAACGUUACACUGAGUUAUUUAGAACUCACAUGGACUAUAUGGAGCGCACAAAGAUUUUAAUGGGUACAGAUAAACUUUCAGAUCUCACUGGCAUGACUGCUCGGGCUAAUAAAGGUUUAAACCUACCUGGUUUGAGGCCCAUCAGUGUUGCUUAUGGUGGGAUAAUGGAGUUCCAUAACCGUCAUGAAAGCAGCCCAAUGAGUUUUGAUACAGGAACACCUCACAGUGCAGCUAAUGUUAGCUUAAAGAGUGAAUUGGAUGCACAAACACCAAAGAAGAUUGAGAGUCUAGACAAAGAGCAGUUGACAGAUAGCAUUAAUGUUACUGAGCAAGCCACUGCCACAAAGCAUAGUAAACAAGUGGUCCUUGUAUCUCCAGCAAGUAUAUCUGAGCCUAAACCCUCGCAUACUCAAGAUACAGAGGGUUAUGUUGAAUCUGUGAUAGACACUAAUAGCACUAGUCAUGUUUUAAAAGCAAAUGAAUCCAAUAUAGAAUCACCCUUGCCAGUUAUCAUGAGGCGCCACAAAAGUGAAUUAGAGGAGGAUAAUAGUUUUGAUUACACUUUAAGCCUUGAGGAUUAUCAUAUGUCAGAACUGAACCUAACAUUGGCAGAAAUAGUAGCCACAACACCAGAGCUUGAAGAAUCUCAAGACAUCAUUGCAUCUCAGGGCACCCUCAGCAAACGCAAGUCUGGGCGAAAUGACAACUCCAUAUUUGAUGAGUUUUCAGAACAGGAUGCAAACAUUGCAGAGGUUGACUUUGGUGCUGACAUAACAGAUAGUGACGAGCAUGAGGAAAAUGAGGAGGAGAAAGAGGACGAGGAGAAUGAUAAAGAUUCUGUUGGGGAUAAUUUCUUUGGCAUUGGAAAAGAACUGGAGAAUUUGAUUUCUGAAAACUCAGAACUUCUAGCUACAAAGAAUGCCCUCAACAUUGUGAAAGAUGAUCUCAUCGCCAAAGUGGAUGAACUAUCUAGUGAACAAGAGAUCCUGCGUGAAGAGAUCAACUCACUGCAGGCUGUCAAGGGAAGGCUGCAGCUGCGUAUUGCCCAGCUAGAGGAGGAGUUGAAGAAAGUCAGAGAAGAAAAUGAUAAGAGAGACAAGGAGCAUACAGAGAAAGGGGAAGAGGAGGACGAUGUUCCAAUGGCCCAGCGCAAGCGGUUCACUCGUGUGGAGAUGGCCAGGGUGCUGAUGGAGCGUAACCAGUACAAGGAGAGGCUGAUGGAGCUGCAGGAGGCUGUCAGGUGGACUGAGAUGAUCAGGGCAUCCAGGGAACACCCUGGGGAACUACAAACCAAGAAAAAGUCAAGUGUCUGGAACUUUUUUGGCAGUCUUUUUACCUCAUCCAACAAACCAAAACGUUCCCCUGUGGCCACGGUCAAGUACAACGCCCCCACAACCCACGUCCAGCCUGUUGGUGACCCUAACAAGAAGUCCAGGGACAAAGGCACCAGUAACCCCAAAUCUAAGGCUUACGACUUCCUACAGGAAGAUAUAAUAUCAGAAAAAAGUAAGAAAGAAAGAGAGAGAGACAGGAAAGAACAGUACAAGCAGGUGCGCGCCCAUGUCAAGAAGGAUGACGGCAGGAUGCAGGCCUAUGGCUGGAGUCUGCCCACCAAGUUCAUAUCUCACACACCUAAAGACACCUCAGGGAAGUCCCAGGUCCCUGUGCCAGUUCCUGUCUACUGCAGGCCACUGUUUGACAACCAGACUGGUUGGAAGAUCUGGUGUGCUGCAGGUGUGAACCUGACAGGUGGUAAAACAAGAGAUGGCGGCUCCAUUGUUGGCGCCAGUGUCUUCUACUCUGAUCCCCCACCUGAGGAGAAGAAAGAGGCUGAGGUCAAGACUGAGGUGGACAAACUGGACAAGGAGCUGAAGGACCACACCAAGGCCGUGAAGGACAUUGAGACAGAACAGAUGUCCAGUCUGGUGUGGGUGUGUACCUCAACUAAUGACGCCAGCCGUGUGUCAGUCAUUGACGCCAACAACCCUGCAGACGUGUUGGAGACUUUCAGGGUGUCGGUCACACACAUUCUAUGCAUCGCCAGUAUACCAGGCGCUAUGGAGAGUGACUACCCCGUGGCUGAGGAGAUCCUGAACGCUGAGGCCCAAGACCUGCCCAAAGAGACCGUUGUAUCAGCUGGCACCAGUCCUGGCAGUGGGGACUCCAGUGGCCUGGGUGGGGUCACCUUUGUCCAGUGUGCCACUGGGGGCACAAGUCCAGUCUCAGGCUCACCUGUGGGAUCUGUCACAGACAACAGAUCAGAUGACUUGAGUAUAAAGGUGGAAGAUAGUGAUAGUGUUAAAGAUGAAGGGGAGAAAACUGGUGGGGAAGCUGGUGACCCACUUGGAGCAGCUGGAGUGAGUGAUGUGCCACAGACUCAGAUCUUUAAAGCCAGAGGUUCCCCUGCUUCAUCAGGCUCUAACACACCCACCCACACAGCACGUUUGAAGGUCACUGGGUCAUCUGCUGACCUUGUGAAUGAUGGAAGGUCAUCACCUAUAUCUGACCAUGACCUACAAAAUGAGGAGGCAGAUAAAAUGAGCAGUGUGCUGCCCACUAUGUGGAUGGGUUCUCACAGUGGAAGUAUGUAUGUACAUUCAUCAGUGUCCAAUUGGAAGAGAUGCCUCCACUCUGUCAAACUCAGAGAUUCUAUUCUAGGAAUUGUGCAUGUAAAAGGUAGAGUUCUUGUUUCCCUGGCUGAUGGUACUGUGGCCAUUUUUCAUAGAGCUUCAGAUGGCCAAUGGGAUCUACGCAAUUAUCACCUGAUAGACCUGGGUAAACCAAAGCAGUCCAUCCGUUGUAUGACAGUGGUUGCUGGGCAACAUGUCUGGUGUGGAUACAAGAACAAAGUUCACAUCAUUGAUCCACAGUCCAUGUCUAUAGAGAAAAGUUUUGAUGCCCACCCACGUAAAGAAAGUCAAGUGCGUCAACUGUGUUGGGUGGGAGAUGGUGUGUGGGUGUCUAUCCGUCUGGACAGCACGCUGCGGCUGUACCACGCCUACACACACCAGCACCUGCAGGAUGUUGACAUAGAGCCAUACGUCUCCAAGAUGCUGGGUACUGGCAAGCUUGGCUUCUCCUUGGUGCGUAUCACAACUCUACUCAUCUCCUGCAACAGGCUCUGGAUCGGUACGGGCAACGGUGUCAUCAUUUCUGUUCCACUCUCUGAAAGUAACAAACAGCCCAUGAUCACAACCUCUAGUAGCCUCAGUGGAUUAUCUGGUGGCAGUGGACGCCCCGGUGGAGUGGUGCGUGUCUACAGUGAUCCUAAAACAGAAAGUGUGACGCCCGGCAGUUUCAUUCCCUACUGCUCCAUGGCCCAAGCCCAGUUGUCUUUCCAUGGUCAUAAAGAUGCGGUCAAGUUUUUUGUCUCUGUACCAGUUUACGCUAGACGAUUUGGGGAACUGACUGUUUCAGAAACAUUUCUAGAAGAAGCCAGACGCAGAAAGUCUCCUAUUUAUGAAGAAGGAAUUCAAAGACAAGGAAUGAGUGCUGCCUCAGACCCUGUACCAUCAACUUCUUCAACACCCCCACCCAGAGGGGAGGCCACCCCUGCCCCUGCAUCCAACACCCGUCUUAUUUUGUCUGGAGGGGAGGGCUAUGUUGACUUUAGACAAGGUGAUGGAGAUGAAGAGGACCCAACAGCUGCCGCAGCCAUGGUGAAUGAUGAGGAUGAUGAAGACCCCAGCAAGGCCAGCUCUCUGACCAAGGUUGACCGCAGCCACAUCAUCGUAUGGCAGGACAGUGUCACUGAGCCUCAUGGGCUCUGAUGAAGAAAAUUAGAGAAUUACUGGUUUAAAGAUGAGAAGCAUGUGAAACAGAUAGAUGUCUACAAUGUGAUCCUUUUAUAUUGUUUAAUCAGCUGCAAUGUAGCUCAUCAAAUAUUUUAAGUCUUUUUGUUUGAAUAACCACAGUUAAUAAUAUUUUUAUGUAUGUUUUACUUGUCACAUUUAUUGUUUUAACCUACACGGAUUGUAUAUCAUCAGCCACUCUCAUUUUUUGUGGCACAUGGUGUAAGAAAAUACUGAGAGAGUUUGCUUUUAUUGUCAGGUCUUUUGUUGUUGUUUUAAAAGAUGAUAGAAUAUUCAUUUGGUUUUUUUUUUCAAUUGAGUGCAAUGUCGUAAAUAAUCAACUCAAACAUUGUGAUAUAAAAAGAUGUUUUCCUAUUUGUGUUGCUGUAGGGAAAUAUUUCUUCAUAAAGUUUGUUUGCCUUAAUGGAAUAAUUUGUGGGUAGUUUGGACUUAUUUGAGGGUAUAGAUAGAUUGCUAGUUAAAUGGAUUUUCAUUGCUUGUGGCUAACCACCAACUUCUAAAAAAUAUGGAAAAAUGCAAAUGUUUUUUUUUUUGCCAUAAUUGACACUGGCCAACCUGUGCAUCUCCAGAUGGUUGCAAAUAGUAACUAAUUCUGAUUCAAGUUUAUCCAGACACAAUUUUUUCUAGAUGGCUUGUGCAAUACUGUACAGAUGGGUUGAUAGAAUGUCUGUGUUAGUUUUGAUGCAGUUGUGUCCUCUAUGGCUGUAAUCUGACUGGCAUGAUUUGAGGAAUAGUUUUGUUACAUUUGAUCACAUGGUUUACUUUCACUCUGGUUUGAAAGGACUGGUCUGCAAGUUGGGCAUUUAGCAUGUUGUUUAAGUUUGAUUAAUUUUGCCUUAAUUGUUAUUGUACAUCUUUUGUUGUGAUAGAUAGCACAGGACUGUUAGAGUACACACCCGUACAUGUCAAAUUGUUUUUAAAAUAUUUUUAAAGAUUUUUCUGACAAGGUCAAAAACAUUGUUACAUACAUUUGGUUUUGAUUGUUCUAAUUAUUCAAUUAAAGAGGAACAUUUUUCUUAAAAACAUGCAUGCAUUUUAGCCAGACUAAGCUCUGAUGAAAAGGGGGGGUAAUAUCUUAAAAUUGUACAGGUUGAAGACUUAAAGAUAGUCAUAAUUUUUAUUCAUCAUAUUUUUAUGUAUGAAACUAUUUACACACUGGGAAUUUUAGCAACCAAACUUGUUGUACCAAGUAUAUUGAUACAUUUGAUAUAUACAAAACCAUUUCCUGUAUCCAUUUAUUUCUUGCCAUUCCUUCUGAUGUCAAUCUGUGAGGUGUAUUUUUUUAGUCAACUGUGUAAAUGUAGUUACGGUGUAUCACAUUGUACCUUCCUAUUCUUGUGUAUAAUAUAAAUGUUAAAUGCUUAACUUAUUUGAAAAGUGCAUGGUAUUUUUUUUUAGAUUACUUUAAUGGUAUGCGCCAUGUAAAUAUAUAUUGCAACUUAUCUAAACAUGUACUACUGAGUUGGCCUAAAUUAAAUUGAAUCACUGUA